CAGUUCUUAGAAUAGAAAAUUGCAGGAGAUUAGAAUUCCUAUCUCAUUAGAAUUCCUAUCUCAUGAGAUGAUGGCCAAAUAAUGCUGUCAUUCGCUGAGGUCCUUCCCGCUGGGCGUUUUCCCCGAACUUUCAAAUCUUAGUAUCAGGGGCAGUAAAAAUCUAGAAUCCCUUGCCAUUGGAGAAGGAGCUGAUGAUGAAAAUCUCACUCAUCUCGAUUCUCUCUCUAUCAUUUCUUGUCCAAAUCUGGUCUCUUUUCCCCACGGGGGAUUGCCCACUCCCAAACUGGCUCGUUUUACAGUCUGGGGAUGCGAGAAUUUGAAGUUAUUGCCCGACCGAAUACACUCCCUCACCGCCCUUCAAGAGUUGCGGAUAUACGGUCUUCCAAAUGUUGAGUCAUUUGCAGAAGGGGGUUUGCCUCCCAACCUACAAUCAUUUGCAAUCGGUGGUUGUGAGAAACUGAGGCCUUUAGUGGAGUACUGGGGUUUGCAACGACUUGUCUCCCUUCGAACAUUUCGGAUCCGGAGCAGCGAGCAUCUGUUGGAGACGGUGCUCAAGGAACAGCUGCUGCCUACCACUCUUCACACUCUCCAAAUCUAUGAAAUGAGAAGUCUGAAAUCUUUGGAGGGAAAGGGACUUCAACACCUCACUUGCCUUCAAGAGCUCGAAAUUAGCUGGUGUGAUAGUCUCGAAUUCCUGCCAAACGAGGGUUUGCCGGCAUCGCUCUCUUUUCUGAGCAUAAAAAAAUGUCCUUCUCUGAGUAAGAGGUGUCAGGAGAAGACGGGAGAAGAGUGGAGCAAGAUAGCUCACAUUCCUUGCAUCGAGAUAGAUGAUCAAGUCAUCAUUUGAGAUCUCAAAGUCAAAGUCAGAUAGCAAACUGUGCUGUAAAGAUUGAAUUACCUAAGUCCAUUGCGUCCAUCAAUUAGUUGUCUAUGAAUGGUUCUCCUGCAGUGUGACAUGAAUAUGAUUCUCCUUCAAUUGGAUAGGAGUAUUCAUAUAUGUUGAGCUGGGGUAUGGAAAAGGAAAGCACUUGUUUUGGCAUCCUAUCGAAACGGAUAUGAGAAGAAACAUGAUUUUCACAAUUUGAUGUGGAAAUGAAGUGGGAGAACCCAUCGAUCUGCAGCCUAUGAGCAUCUUAUUCUCUGGAAGUGUUCCAAGGGAACUGAGAGAUUACAGCAUUUUGCUCUACCAUUGGGGAUGUUAUGAGCUAUCCCAGGACAAAGGGGCAUGUUUUCUAUAUGUAAGGUGGCAUUCGAUUACAAUUGGAAUCUAAUUAAAUAUGAGCAAUCCCUCUCACCAUGUACAAGCAGAAGAAACAAGGGGAGAUGGAUGUCGAAAGCAAGGAUGGUUUGUGAAAAACGUAUGGCUUUGAACAAGGUUUUAGUGACGUUUAAGCAGGUUUAUGCCCUCGAGUUUUGAUAGGAAACCAGUGUUGUCACCAAGAAAACGAGGGAAGGAGAAGUCUCUUAAUGGAAGCAAAGAUAUGAACUUGGAUGCAUCUCCGAAAUCUGAUGAGCAGGAAACUAAGAAAAUGAAUUAGGAAGUGUUGAUGGAAAUUUGUAAUGGCAGCAGAGAUGGUGCUGCUGCUAUGAGCAAUAAGGAUGUCAGUGCCAAGGCAGUCAGAAAGCAUCGUAAAGUCAAGGAAUGGCCUGGGAAUAUUGAGACUCAAGCGGUUGAUUUUGGCAGCAGAGAUGGUGCUGUUGAUUAUGGCAAUGUGUGUUGAUUCACCUGGAAAACGAGGGAAGGAGAAUGCGCUUGAUCAGAGCGAAGAUGUGAAGUGCUCUGAUGCAGCAAACAGGACGAGUUGAUGGAAAUUUGUAAUGAAGCAGAGAUGGUGGUGCUGCUGUGAAUGAGAAUGAUUCCAAGGGCAAGGGCAAGGCUGCAAGAGGGUUUCGCAGGGUCCAGGAACGUCCCAUUGAGAGCAGAGAGGCUGAUCUUGAGCUUCCCCUACCUCAAGGCACCAUUAGUUGAUGAGGAUGUGGGAAAUUGUCUCCAAUUUUUUAAGUUCUGUGAAACUUUUAGAGAGGACAAUAUCAUCCAUGGGCAACAGGUGUUACCUUACAUUAAUUACUAGUCGUCCAGUUGUGCUUUGGCUAUCUGUCAUCAUGAAUAUGAUUCUCCUGAAUGAGACGAGGGCAUACUUCUGAGACGAGGUAUGAGAAGAAACAAGAAUUUUCUUAAUUUGAUGAUGAACGAGCAAAACCAUGUGAAGUGCUCAAUGAUGCAGAGGAGAAGCAGAUUGUCAACCCUGCUGUGGGGAUGUGGCUCAAUGAGCUCAAACACGCUGUCUUUGAGGCGGAGGAUCUACUGGACGAGAUCGAUGCUGAAGUUUUGCGCUCCAAGGUGGAAGCUGAAUACCAAACUAAGAAAACCCAGGUGUGGAACUUCCUAUCUACCUCUCUUAAUCCUUUUUAUCAAGGCAUGAAUGGUAGGGUAGAAGUGAUAUUUGAGAGACUAGAACACCUUGCUAAACAAAAAGAUCUCCUUGGUCUUAUAGGAGGUGUCAAGGGAACAGUUUCUCAAAGAACUCCCACAACAUCCUUUGUUGAGCAUGAAUUUAGUGCUUGUGGUAGGGAGAGAGAUGAAAAGAAGUUGAAAAGGAUGUUGCUAUCGGAUAAUGCAAGUAGUAGCCACAUAUCGGUAAUCCCCAUAGUGGGAAUGGGCAGGGUUGGUAAGACAACCCUUGCUCGGGUCCUUUACAAUGAUAAAAAAAUAAAAGAGUAUUUUGAUGUUACAGCUUGGGCCUGUGUUUCCGAAGAUUUUGAUGAUAUUAGGGUAACUAAAACCCUUAUUGAAUCAAUAAUCUCAAAACCUUGCAGUCUUCAAUAUAUGAGCUUGCUUCAAGUUGAACUUAGGGAACAAGUGAGGGGGAAAAAGUUCCUAUUUGUGUUGGAUGACCUUUGGAAUGACAACUAUAGUGAUUGGGAUCUUGUACGGGCUCCUUUUACUUAUGGGGCGAGGGGAAGUAAGGUCAUAGUGACAACAAGGAACGAAAGUGUUGCAUCCCUUGUGCACACUGGUCCUAUUCACUACUUGAGACAUUUGUCAGAUGAAGAUUGUUGGUUAUUACUCUCAAAACAUGCAUUUAGAAAUGAAAAUCCUAGUGCACAUCCAGAGUUGGAAGAAAUUGGUAAGCAAAUUGCACGCAAGUGCGACGGUCUUCCUUUGGCUGCAAAAGCACUUGGGGGUCUCUUAGGUUGUAAUGUAGGUUACAAGGAAUGGAGUCACAUUUUGAACAACAAUCUUUGGGAGACAUUGCAUGAUAAAAGUGUUCUUCCAUCUUUAAGAUUGAGUUACCAUUAUCUCCCUACUUAUUUAAAACAAUGCUUUGCUUAUUUCUCAAUUUUUCCAAAGGACUAUGAAUUUGAAAAGGAAAAUAUAAUUCAACUUUGGAUGGCACUCGGUUUAAUUCCACAAGCUGAGAGUGGUAAAGGAUUGGAAGAGCUCGGUGGGAGAUACUUUGAUGAACUAUUGUCACGAUCACUACUUCAAAGAUCAUUAAUUAGGAAAUCAAGUUUCACAAUGCAUGAUCUCAUUAACGACUUGGCUAUGUCAGUGUUUGGAGAAUUUUGUUUUAGAUUGGGUGAGGGACAGCCACAUGAAGUUCCUAAACGAGUUCGGCAUUUGUCAUAUAUGAGAGGAAGAUUUGAUACCGUAGCAAAAUUUAAGCCAUUGGAUGAAAUUAAGUGUUUGCGCACCUUGUUUCCCAUGUCUUUAAGACCAUACCAAAAGAUGGAAAAGAGCCUAUAUGUAAGCAUAAAGGUUCUAGAGGAUUUGUUACCAGCACAAAAAUGUUUACGGGUGUUGUCAUUGGCAAGAUAUAAAAAUAUAACUCAAUUACCUGAUAACAUUGGUAAACACUUAAGCUUGCGCUACAUCGACCUCUCUUACACUGCAGUUAAAACGUUACCAAAUACGAUGUGUGAGCUCUACAAUUUGCAAACUCUAUUAUUGUUAGGUUGUUCCUCUCUUGUUGAAUUGCCUGCAGACAUGAGGAAAUUGAUUAAUUUGCGUCUUCUUGAUAUUAGAGAAACUAGUAUAAAAGAGAUGCCGGUGCAAAUGGGUAGACUGAAAAGUUUGAGAACAUUAACUGCUUUUGUGUUGGGGAAAUCUACUGGGUCGAGUGGCAUUGGAGAACUAGGGCAAUUGUCGAACCUUCGAGGAAAACUAUCUAUCUUGAAUCUGCAAAAUGUAGUCAAUCCUAUGGAUGCCUUGGGGGCCAAUUUGAAGGAUAAGAAAGAUCUUCACGAAGUAGAGUUGGCAUGGGGUCAUGAGGAUGCAAAUGAUUCCGUUAAAGAGAGGCAUGUACUAGAAAGCUUACAACCUUCCGUAAAUUUGGUGAAGCUGACCAUCAGAUCUUAUGGUGGAACCAGGUUUCCGGAUUGGUUGGGAGACACUUCCUUCUCCAACAUACAAGUCAUGCGUCUCAGCAAAUGUAGUACUUGCUUCUCAUUGCCACCAGUUGGGCGGUUACCCGCUCUCAAAGAGCUCUAUAUAGAAAUGAUGAAAUUUGUUGCGAGUAUUGGUGUUGAGUUCUACGUGGGUAAUGGAGCUUCUCUAAGUCAACCAUUUCAAUCUCUCGUGAAGCUAGAGUUCAACGAGAUGCCGGAGUGGGAGGAAUGGCUGUCGAGUCCCGGUAGUGGUCAAUCUUGCUUUCCUCGUCUCGAGGUGCUUACUUUAUGCAAUUGUCCGAAGUUGAGGGGAAACUUGCCUGAUCGUCUUCCUUGCUUGAGAAACCUUACUGUGUCCAACUGCGGGGUUCUGCAUGAAAGGGCUACCAGAACUAGAUGGAUACCCUGGUCUCUCAUCGUUAACACUGAGUCCUUGCGACGAUCUCUUCGAAGCCUGACGAUAAAUGGAUGCCCUGGUCUCUCGUCGUUACUAGAGACGGAGUCGCUGUCCUCGCUUUGGAGGCUUAAGGUUCAAAUUUUUAGUAGCACAAAUUACUUGCAGCCGCACUUCAGCAAUUGUCUUGGAGAGUUGAUUCUCGUUAACUGCGCGUCACUCUUGUCGUUCCCGAGAAAUGGUCUACCCACUUCGUUGACAUUUCUUAGAAUACAAAAUUGCAGGAGAUUAGAAUUCCUAUCUCAUGAGAUGAUGGCCAAAUUGAAAUCCCUUCGAUAUUUGGAGUUGUUCAAGAGCUGUGAUUCACUGAGGUCCUUCCCGCUGGGUGUUUUCCCCGAACUUUCAAAUCUUAGUAUCAGGGGCAGUAAAAAUCUAGAAUCCCUUGCCAUUGUAGAAGGAGCUGAUGACGAAAAUCUCACUCAUCUCGACCGUCUCGUUAUUGGUAAUUGUCCAAAUCUGGUAUCUUUUCCCCACGGGGGAUUGCCCACUCCUAAACUGGCUCAUUUUAUAGUCCGGGGAUGCGAGAAUUUGAAGUUAUUGCCCGACCGAAUACACUCCCUCACCGCCCUUCAAGAGUUGCGGAUAUACGGUCUUCCAAAUGUUGAGUCAUUUGCAGAAGGGGGUUUGCCUCCCAACCUACAAUCAUUUGCAAUCGGUGGUUGUGAGAAACUGAGGCCUUCAGUGGAGUACUGGGGUUUGCAACGACUUGUCUCCCUUCGAACAUUUCGGAUCCGGAGCAGCGAGCAUCUGUUGGAGACGGUGCUCAAGGAACAGCUGCUGCCUACCACUCUUCACACUCUCCAAAUCUAUGUAAUGAAAAGUCUGAAAUCUUUGGAGGGAAAGGGACUUCAACACCUCACUUGUCUUCAAGAGCUCGAAAUUAGCUGGUGUGAUAGUCUCGAAUUCCUGCCAAACGAGGGUUUGCCGGCAUCGCUCUCUUUUCUGAGAAUAAAAAAAUGUCCUUCUCUGAGUAAGAGGUGUCAGGAGAAGACGGGAGAAGAGUGGAGCAAGAUAGCUCACAUUCCUUGCAUCGAGAUAGAUGAUCGAGUCAUCAUUUGAGAUCUCAAAGUCAAAGUCAGAUAGCAAACUCUGCUGUAAAGAUUGAAUUACCUAAGUCCAUUGCGUCCAUCAAUUAAUUGUCUAUGAAUGGUUCUCCUGCAGUGUGACAUGAAUAUGAUUCUCCUUCAAUUGGAUAGAUCUGUUUUGGUACAUACACCGCUGUUGAAGUGAGAACGGGUGACGAUGACCACAAAACAAAAAUGAGAGCAAGUUUCUUUGGAGCACUGCCCUCAUGCUUGCGCUUGUUGGAAGUUAGUACAUUAUGUUACAAGAGCAGGAGUAUUCAUUUAUGUUGAGCUGGGGUACGGAAAAGGAAAGCACUUGUUUUGGCAUCCUAUCGAAACGGAUAUGAGAAGAAACAUGAUUUUCACAAUUUGAUGUGGAAAUGAAGUGGGAGAACGCAUCGAUCUGCAGCCUGUGAGCAUCUUAUUCUCUGGAAGUGUUCCAAGGGAACUGAGAGACCAUUGGGGAUGUUAUGAGCUAUCCCAGGACAAAGGGGCAUGUUUUCUAUAUGUGCGGUGGCAUUCGAUUACAAUUGGAAUCUAAUUAAAUAUGAGCAAUCCCUUUGACUAUGUACAUGCAGAAGAAACAAGGGGAGAUGGAUGUUGAAAGCAAGGAUGGUUUGUGAAAAACGUAUGGCUUUGAACAAGGUUUUAGUGACGUUUAAGUGGGUUUAUGCCCUCGAGUUUUGAUGGGAAACCAGUGUUGUCACCAAGAAAACGAGGGAAGGAGAAGUCUCUUAAUGGAAGCAAAGAUAUGAACUUGGAUGCAUCUCCGAAAUCUGAUGAGCAGGAAACUAAGAAAAUGAAUUAGGAAGAGUUGAUGGAAAUGUGUAAUGGCAGCAGAGAUGGUGCUGCUGCUAUGAGCAAUAAGGAUGUCAGUGCCAAGGCAGUCAGAAAGCAUCGUAAAGUCAAGGAAUGGCCAGGGAAUAUUGAGACUCAAGCGGUUGAUUUUGGCAGCAGAGAUGGUGGCAAUGUGUGUUGAUUCACCUCCAGGAACGUCCCAUUGAGAGCAGAGAGGCUGAUCUUGAGCUUCCCCUACCUCAAGGCACCAUUAGUUGCUGAGGAUGUGGGAAAUUGUCUCCAAUUUUUUAAGUUCUGUGAAACUUUUAGAGAGUUUUUUAAAAUUGAAAAGUCCCAAGCUGAAUCUGUUCUUCAAGAACAAUCGCGUUGGGGAAGUGGACAAAGUGGAUGGCCUGGACAGUACUCCAGUGUUCAUACAGGAGACUGAGGGCAGGCCAUUAGUGGAGUGGGGUUUGCAACGACUUGUCUUCCUUCAAACAUUUGGGAUCGGUGGUUACAAGGAUCUGUUGGAGAUGUUGCUCAAGGAACAGCUACUCCCUUCCACUCUUACACUCUCAAAUCUAUGGAACAAAAGUUCUGAAAUCUUUGGAGUGAAAGGGACUUCAACACCUCACUUGUCUUCAAAAGCUCAAAAGUAGAAGCUGUGAUAGUCUUGAAUUCCUGCCAAAAGAUGGUUUGCCGGCAUUACUUUCUUUUUUGAGAAUCAAGUGCAAUCCUUCUCUGAGGAUGAGGUGUCAGGAGAAGACGGGAGAAGAGUGGAGCCAGAUAGCUCACAUACCUUGCAUACAAAUAGAUGACGAAGUCAUCAUUUGAGAUCUCAAGUCAAAUUUAGGGCAUCCUUCUGAGACGAGGUAUGAGAAGAAACAAGCAUUUUCUUAAUUUGAUGAUGAACCAGCAAAACCAUGUGAAGUUGCAUACUCAAGGAUUUUGAAUUCAAUGAAUGGUGAAAGAAAAGCACAUGGAUCUCCUUUUGUUUCUGAGUUCCUUGCAUGAAUAUGCUGCACAUUUUGGAUGAAAUGGUUUUCGUAAUGAAAAGAUGAUCAACUCAUGUGUACAGGUGGCCGUAUCCAUGUCAAUAUGAAUUUCACUACAGGAGUUGUUUACUCAAUAUUUAGGAAUAAGCAAUUCAGGAAAACUGGUUCCAACAUUUUCUUAUUUUUUAUUUUUUUUGCAUCUUGGUACACCUCAAGUGAUUGCUCUUUCUAAAACUUUCACUUUGCUAUAUUUCCCUGUCAAGUCAUGUUUAAAUUCUGUUCCAACUUUCAGAGUUCGACGGCCAUGAUAAAAUCGAAAAUUAAGGGAAAAAUGUAAGGAAUUAUUAUUGAGGCUUUUAUAAAUAUGUUACAUCUAUCUGUAGAAUUUAGCUUAAUCAUUUCAGCUUAUUUAUUAGUGAAAUGUGGACCGCGAAGUUCAACUAUGCUCUGAGUCAGGUCAAGAUUAUGUCACUAAUGUGUUUGUUGGCUUUACUGAUGCAGAGAGCAAACUGUGGAAUUGUAAAGAUAGGAUUAUCUAAGGCCAACAAUUUUAACAUCCAUCAUCCAGGAAUGGUUCUCCUGCCGUUUGGAGUGAAUAUGAUGCUCCUUCAAUUGGAUAGCUGUGGAAGUGAGAUUAGGUGACAAUGACCACAAAACAAAUGAGGUUCGGGUUUCCUUGGAGCACUGCCUUUAUGCUUCCGCUUCUUGGAAGUCAGCAAAUUAUGUUACUAGAACAGGUGGGUGGUUGCUGCACUACACAUUUAACAGGAACUAUUCCUUAUGUUGAACACCGCAGAUGAGUUGUAAGCCUGAAUAUCAUAUAGAGCUGGGGUAUGGAAAAGGAAAGCACUUGUGUUGGCAUAUUGAAAUGGAUAUGGGAAGAAACAGGAUUUCACGAUUUGAUGUGGAGGCGAAGAGGGAGAAGAAUCGAUCUGGAGGGUCGUCCAUUACGGAGGCAACCAUCUGAUUCAUUAACCUUUCUAGAGGAAGAUGCUGCGGACUGUAACCUAAUUUAGGUGGAGGAUGGUCGGAGCAGGCUGUCAAAUGUUAGAAUUUUUCUUGGCAAGAACGGGCCACGAGCCAGAGGCCUUCCAAAACUUGGUUUUCAAACAACAAAGAAAACUUGCCGGUUCCCAUCCUCCUGAAAGCAAUGAAGAAAACGCGCAGGUUUCCUAGAACUUCUGAAAGCAUCGAAGAAAAUGCGCAGGCUUCCCAGAACUUCUGAAAGCAUCGACGAAAACAUGUAGCUCAGUCCUAAGGCUAAUUAAGUUUUUAGGCAUCAGACCUGAUUCUCUCAAAAGCUCAAUAUUUUGCACCAGAUACUUGAAUUGACUUUCCACGAAAAGCCGCGAGUUGUGCUUGAAAAGAGCUACAACAUUUUCCUCAGAAAGGAUACUCCUAAGGAAAUCAUAAGUGGGCAUAAUCCUGUUUGUCAAGCUUAUCCCAAAAGAUGUGGAUUAUAAGCCAGAGUUUUUGCAUGGUCCACCCUCGAAACACCGAGAAAGCUGAAAAACUCAAGCUUUGGCAAAAGAGUUUCCUCGGGAUUGGCAGAAAUUAUCGGCGGACAUGACCUAACAAGCUUUGAUAUCUGGGUUUGGGAUAGUCCAUGGUUUCUCAGAAGGGCCAAAACAGAUUCUGCUUUUUUUGGAGAUUCCAGCCUCACCCUUUUGGAUACUGAAAUUGCAUCUUCUGGGGACAACCCAUAUGUGUUUAUGAGGUAAUUGACUUUGAAACCAUGCUGGGUUUCCGAGAUUUCUGAGGUGAUGGGUCUGCAAAGCAACUGAUUUGGAAGACAAAAGUUGAGGGUUUUGGACCAACAAGAACAAAACUUUUAGGUUCUGAUGCAGAUGUACAAGAAAAUAUUGAAUUAACCAUUCGGAGGGCCUUCAUAUUGUAGAGUUGAAUCAUGUUAAAGGCCGAGGAUGAACAAUUUCAAUUGGAGAAAUUAAAACCCUAGAAUUUCGAAAGAAUAUGAACUAUCAAAUUAAUCCAUGGAUAAGUUUUCUAACUGUUUUUUCAGCAGAUGGAAAACCUCCAUUUCGGUA